AUGGCAGCCCUCUCGGCUCUGAAAGGUGUUUCGUCGACAAUGUAUUCCAACAUUUUCAUAGAACUACCUUUUCCCAAGGGCGAUCUCACGGGCCAGACAAUCAUCGUCUCGGGCUCAAACCAAGGUCUCGGCUACGAAGCCAGUCGUCAUUUAUUGAGCCUAGGAGUUGAUCGUCUUAUCAUGGCCGUCAGGAAUAUUGACAAGGGUGAAGUUGCGAGAUUGGAACUUCUGAAGGCCACUGGUCGGGAUCACAACACUAUUGAAGUCUGGGAACUGGAUAUGGAUCGCUACAGCUCUGUCAGAAGCUUUGCGGCUCGCGCUGGAACACUUCCACGUCUUGACGCUGUUCUGGCUAACGCUGGCUUGGCCACAAAUACUUUCAGCUUGGCAGAAGACAACGAGAGGACAAUCACAGUCAAUGUGGUCAGCACAUUUCUCCUUGUUUCCUUGCUUGUCCCGAAACUACGCGAGUCUGCCUCGAUGUUUGGUAUCGUUCCACGUGUCUCGAUUGUGAAUUCGGCUUUGCAUUACAUUGCGCCUUUGAAGGAAAUUGAUUCUGAUGAUGGACACGGAAUCUUUGCUCGGCUGAACAACAAAGAAACUGCAGACAUGGCCAUGCGAUAUCCAUUAUCAAAGCUGUUGGUCCUCUUUGGUGUCAGGGCAUUCGCCGAGCAGUUGGAAAACGGCAAAGAGCAAUUAGUCAUAAUCAACUCGCCAAACCCUAGCUGGUGCAAGUCUCAGUUAAUGCGAGAAUCGAGCAGUCCUGGCUUACGCUUCGGGGAGCGUAUGCUAGCGCGCAGUACUGAAGAGGGUAGCCGGGCUUUGGUUCAUGCGAUUCUGUCUGGAAAAGAAAGCAGUGGUCAGUACCUUGAUAACUGUCAGGUGAAGCGGCCAUCUUGUACAGUAACCAACGCUAAAGGUGCAAGGAUCCAAAAGGCUUUUUUCAACGAGCUCUUGACUAAGCUCGAGGAAGUUUCACCAGGCAUUGGCGUGGAAAUUUCGUCAAAGUCAAGCCUGCGCUGA